AUGGGAAAUAUGAGGCGCAUUGCAGGCGACUUGUCGCCAAAAGCUUCGGACCCGCUUGAGGUCGCAGGGGAAGGAACAGAUCCCGCCCCAGAUAACGCAGACAACAGUGGCAUCGCUGCCACAGCGGGUGGAGCUUCUCCUUCCUGGAGGUACCGCGGGAAAAGGGCUCGAGCGACUACGGCUGCAAUUGCUGCUGUUGCAGUGAUAGUGGUGUGUGGGGUUCGUUACAUCAUGUCCGGAAGGUCUCCAUCAUACGUGAAGGCGUCACAGCUGGGACUUGUCGAUGCGUCACAGCCGUCAGUGGGCGACGUGUCAGAGCCGUCACUGGACGACGUGUCAGAGCCGUCACUGGAUGAUGCGUCACAACUACCGCUGGACGAUGCGAGCAUGCAGAAGUACAUGAACGACUUCAAUGAAGCAGCAGAGGAGAUGGAAAAGGCUUUCCCCAAAAAAUCGAGCGUGCGUAAAGCUUUUCAACUAAACUUCACACCGUCGCUGGAGGAUGGUGAAAAUCUCUUGAAAAACCCUCUGGCGAUCAUCAAAGACCACGUUGCCAAGAUGCGAGAAUGCAAAGUUCCAUCUGCUUCUUCUCCGCAGGCGCGGCGGGACUUCGCCCAACACUUGCAGCUACUACGCAGCAUUUGUCGGGCAACCACGCUUCGCGUCAACGAAUUAACCUCGUUCUCCGUUGAGAACAAGCAAUUUCGCGUAGCCCUGCCUUUUUUUCGAGACGGCGAACCGUCUAGUCACCAUGCGCACAAAGACCUUGCAGAAUGGGGAGGAAUGGGUUGGGAUGCAGCUCACUUCUUGAGGAGUUGGGGGCUGUCUGCUGGUUAUAGCGAUCGACAGGUGCCAGGAGCCUUCGCUUUCAUGCUAAGAUGGUUGUUGGAAAUUGAGAAGAGAUAUAACGACGCCAACUUGAACGCCCGAUAUUAUUUCAUGGAAUUUCUUCAACCAUUUGAAGGAGACGGCACUUUAAACCCCGCUCAUGCUCCUGCCGAACACAAGAUUCCAUACACUGGAAAGCCAUUUCGAACAUCAGCUCUUGCAGACGCAGCUGCGCAUGUAUUCCGCGAAUCCGAUGCCACUACGAAUUACGCAUUCGUACGAAAGCUGAAUCGAAUUGCAGAUAAUUGGUCGAACGAAGGAGUGGCGGCAGCUGUGAAGCAGCAAGAGAAGGAAAAUGUGGACAAUGCCCAAGAGAGGCUGGAGACUAAGAGGGAGCUUAUGCGACGGCUGCUAAGCGAAGGAAUCCCAGAGGAUGACCUGGUGAUAAUUGCAUUGUUCCUUUUAUAG